AUGGGUGCCAAAGUCAAAGUCGCUGUCGUCAAUGCUGAACCAGUUUGGUACGAUUUGCAAGGAGCCGUUAAGAAAGUUAACGCCUUGAUUAAAGAAGCGUACGAGAAAGGGGCUGAAUUAGUUGCCUUCUCUGAGGUUUUUGUCCCUGGAUACGCUCAUUGGAUUUGGACCAAUGCCGCAGACCUUGAGAAUAAUAUCAAAUACCAUAAAAACUCCUUAUCCUACGACUCUCCUGAAUUUUUAUCCAUUAUUGAAACCAUUAAAGCUUACCCAAUCCAACCCAUGUCUAACGUGCUAUCUGGGGGGACGCAACUGCUCAAGAUUUGA